GCCGCGCAACAAGUGCAAAAUCGACAGCAGCAGCAACAACAAGCAAAUAUGCCUGGAUCACUGCAGAUGUUCGGAAGUGGUGCUGUGCCCACAAGUCUACCAGGAAGUACCACAGCUGGACCAUUCACGCAGGGCAACGAUAUGUUGAAGACAACGACGACGAAUGUGGCAAAUAUGCUACAGCCAAAUUUUGCUGGAAAUCAUGUAUUGUCACUUUCCCCUUCCGGGCAGAUGAUGCGCACCGGCUAUAUCGCUAAUGGCACACCGACAACACAGGCUCGACCAUCGGCACCUGCCGCAGCUGCUGCAGUUCAGGGAUGGGGCAUGCCUUCUACAUUACCAGGAGGCAUGUUGAAUGGGGCAGGUUCGUUUGGGCACAUUGGAGCGAAUCAGCAACCGGCGGGUGCGAGCUCUCCGGGACGAAUGGUUCUGCCGCCAGCGCCCAUUGAUGAUUUGUCAACUGUACAGUUUAGCGAGGAAAUCCAGAAUGAAGCGAAUAUGUACUUUCAACAGAUCUAUUCACAGCACAUGCAGAUGCCGGUGGCCGAUUUUAUAGAACGCUUAAAACAAUUUAAAGCGUCAAAUUUGCAGCGUGAUAAGGACGUUUUGGGUUGUGUCAUCAAGAAUUUAUUCGAGGAGUACCGGUUUUUCCAUGAAUAUCCCGAACGAGAGUUGCGCACAACUGCUGAAGUCUAUGGCAGCAUCAUUCGGGAAGGGGUCAUUUCGAAAUUACAUUUUGCAACAGCAGUGAGGAAGGUAAUUGAAUCCCUGCAAGCAGAACCCGGCACUAUGCUUUGGACAUUUGGCACUGUUGCUUUGAAUGCCUGUCGAACAAAACUGAGCGCGUAUCCGAAAGUAUGCGUCAUGAUUGCCAAACAGCGCAAUUUUCAGCAUUUCCCGCCGCAUUUGAAGGUAUUUUUUCAUGCUUGUUCUACUGGAAAACUGAUUUUGCUGUUUCUCAGAAAACUAAAGAAUGCCAUCUAG